ACCGAGGAGAGUUAACCACGGAAGUAGGUGGCGAUGAGAUGCAAAAUGACGUGAUGUAAAUUAGUGAUGGAAAUGUUUACAUCUAGAAAACGAUCGCAUGUGAGAAGACGUGAACACUUUUGAAUUUAACUGCAAAAUGUCAGACGGUGAAGAGUUCGGGCCACUCGAAACAGCGUCCACAUCUUCCUCAGAUGAAGUUACUCAAUUGAGAGAAAGAGUUAAAGUCCUUGAGGAACAUGAAGCAGAAUUUGGACAGAAGAGAGCAAAAUUCAAAGAGAUUUAUGUACAAAAAGAAAAGGAACUCCAGAUAGAAAAACAAAAGCAUCAGGAGACUGAAUCUGAGCUGAGUUCGGUGACUGAGGAGUUGGAGAGACUGCGGGGGGAACUUGAGGGGAUAAAAACAGCUGUAGCUUACUCUGAAUCUAAUAAACAGGAUGAGAUCGAGGCCAUCCGACGGCAGUGUAAAGAGGAAAUAGAAACACUACAGUCUUUUCUCAAUGAGGUAAGAACUGAAGCCUCUACUACCACAGCAAUGCAAUAUGAACAAGAACAAAGAAAGCUAAAAGAACUCUGUGAAAAGUAUGAGGAAGAGGUUCGAGAUUUACGUGGUCGGCUAAACCAAGACGGAGAUGGAUUUUUGUCGUCUGUUGCUAAGCAACUGAAGCAGAUGGCACCAGGGUCAGUAGGAACCAGUUCCAGUCUGGCUCAGGAACAUGAGAGUCUAGAGGACGACAUGAGAAAGGCUCAAGCGGAUGCUGAGAUUUUGAAGUCGGUAGUAAUGCCAUUAGAGGAAGAGAUUAAAUCCCUGAAGGAACAGCUCCAGGAGGCCAGGGAAAAAACCAGGGACUUCCAGGGGAUUCAGGCCUCACCCGGUGUUAAAAACAUGACCCCAGACACACAGUCACUGUCUGAAAUGGACCAGUCAAAAGAUCCAGAGGAAAGGAUCAAGGAACUUCUGAAAUAUCUACAAGCAGAGAAAUCGUCACGGAAGGAUCUGGAGAUGUAUGUCGCCGUACUGUCCACUCAGAAGAAAGUGUAUGAGGACGAGGCUGAUAAACUGAAAAAGGACUUUGAUGAUGUGUGUAGAAUACUGGAGGAUGAGAAGAAAUCCCAUGAGGAUCUACGACAGACUUGGCAGAUGGCCAAUGACCAGUUCCUGGAAUCCCAGAGACUGAUGAUGAUGGACCUCCGUAGAAUGGAGUCCGUGCUCACUGUAGAACAGCAGCGACAGAUUGGAGAGCUCCAAAUGAAGGACAGAAAAAGGGAGGCUCAAGAAAAGAGGGUAAAAAAUUUGGAGGAAAUGCGGAAUAAACAGCAACAAGAACAAGAGCAACGUAAACUAGUUGUAGACGCCCUUAUCAAUAAUUUACGGCGGUUAAACAGACAUGCUCUGAGGAAAAUGGAACAAGUGUCUGAGAAACUGCAAACAAUAGAGAACCAUGACUUAAGUAAUGCCCUACAGAAUCAGACAGAGGCUUUCUCCCAGGGAUCGAACUCCAGCAUCAAUCUACUGUCCGCAGAUGUGGGUCUAAUUAGGAAAUCCCCAAGUAAUGACACACUGGACACAACUGGGGACACCUUACUGGACGGCCUGUCCACUACAGGGGAGGGUCUGAGGGUACAGAUCAGUCCAGACAAAACCCUUCACAUGCCUCACCUGUCAGAGGCCCAAAAGAGGGCAAUCACAGAUCCAACUCCUGAAUUAAUGGCUCGUCAGAACUUGAUGGCUACCGCCAGACAAACAGACAGCCGAAUUUCUUUAGAGGGACGGAGAAUGGUCAGUGAAAAGGAGUGGGAACUUCUACAAAAACAGCUGAUAGAGGCGAGGGAGAAGGCUGGGAGACCGUGUGAUAUGUGUAAUAAUUACGAGGCCCAGCUACAGAAUGUCCAGGACGACUAUAAGAAGGAGCAGGUAAAAGCCAAGUCUCUGGAGCGUCGGCUCAACAGAGAGUUACAAACGCUGGAGAAUAAACAGAAGUAUAUCACAGAUCUAGAAAACAGUCUCAACAACUCAGCAACAGAGGCUCAAAACCAGAUUUCCAGUUUAACCACAAAAAUCCAGGAAUGUGAGCGAUACCUUACUGAGGUCAGACAACAAAACACUCAAUCUCAGCUCGAACUCAGGGACAUGUUGAAAUCUUUAACCAAAGACAGGGAAACUGUUCAAAGAGAGCUUGUCAAGCUCCAAGAAGACAAUGACUCUCUGAUGGGAAAACACUCUAAGUACGCUCAACAGCUACAGAAUGAGGACAUUAAUCUUCCCAAUAACAUGGAGGAGCUGCAGCUGUUGUUACUGAAGUAUAGAGAGGAGAUCAUUCAAGCCAAGGUGGCAAAGGAACACGUUGAGAGUUCCCUGAAGAGUGAAAAUAUGUUCCUGAAAUCACAGGUCCACGCUGAACAGCAGGAGAAAAACAAUCUAGAGGAGACGCUUAAUCAGGAAAUAGGCAGUCUACAGGAAAAACUAGCUGUUCAAGAGAGUCUGAAGUCUGAGUUAGAAAGAGAGGGAGCUGUAAGGGCUGAGUUUGAGGGAAAGUACAAGGAGACGGAACAGUCAUUAAAGAGCAUACAGGCCAAGAACAAACAGCUGAUAUCUGGUCUUAGACAGCAGGUGGAGGAACAGUCCAACGCUAGGACACAUUUAGAGAAUGAACUCCAAAAACAAAAAGCCAAAGUUCAGUCCCUUCAGAUUGACCUUGACAACAGUGAGGCUGUACAGAGAGACUUUGUCAAACUCUCUCAGUCCCUUCAGAUACAGCUGGAGAAAAUUCGUCAGGCAGAGAAUGAAGUACGGUGGCAACACGAGGAUGAUAUAGAGGAAUGUACAAACUGUAAACAGGCAUUCAGUGUUACAAGGAGAAAGCAUCACUGUAGGCAUUGUGGUAAAAUCUUUUGUUCAGACUGUAUAUCUAAGACUGUGAACAGUGGCCCUAGUAACCGACCGUUCAGAGUGUGUGACAUUUGCCACACAAUCCUUGUUAAAGACGCCAUGCCAUAUUUCAGCACUGAACCACCCAGCACACCAGACUAGACAGAGUAGUCUGCCCCUGAUGUUGUGUAGGGUUGAUUUAUAUACCCUUGUUGUUAUAUUGCAUUAUUUAUCUUAUUUACAACUGCAAGCAAGGUACAUGAUCAUUUAUAAGUGAAUGCUUCUUUGCAUUUUUAGAUGCAAUAUAUAGCAGUGAAAGUAUGGGGUGCAUUGUGUAGAAAUCAAAUAUUGAGUGUAUUUGUAGAAGUGUGGGACCUAUUGUAUAGAAGUGAAAGUUUUAUUUCUGUUGUGUAGAAGUGAAAGGAUGGGGUUAAUUGUGUAGAAGUGAAAGAAUGAGACAUGUUUAGUAGAGGUAAAUGUAUGGGAUCUAUUGUAUCGAAGUGAAAGUACUAUGUAUGAAGCAUGAUUUAUAAACUUUGGCAUGUAUGUCUGUUAAAUGGUUAUGUAUAUAUAUUAAAACAUUAGUCAUUGGCACAAAGGAUUAAAGUUAAAGGGGAGAAAAUAGAAGACAAGUUCCAUGGGUGUGGCAUAGAGCUCUAUCAUAUCUGUAUAUGAUUAAAGUGCUGCUUCUUAAUUUUGUUAAAUCUGUCUGUCUGUUUAAUACAAUCAGAGCUGAAAUCCUAAAUAUUGAUGACAAGUGCAGACUAGAAAAUACAGGAUCUAUGUUUAUUUAUUAUGGUGUGUGUGAAAUAGUUGACAUGAAUGUAUGAAGUAGGACUUGUAGCUGGAGGAUGGAUUGUGGAGUGACAGAUAAGCAUGAAAUUUAAAUCAUGUUACAACUGUGUGCAAGAGGAAGACAUGAUUAUGUUAUAUAUGUAUUUAAGUGUGUAAAACUUAAAUGUACUCUCUGUUUAGUUACAAAAUCUUCAAUUCCGUUUCUAUCUGUCAGAAGAAACAGCUGUAUAUGUAAGACUUAGUACAGAUAUAUAGAUAUGUAUUCUAAUAAUACAUGUGUAAAGGUUAAUUUUACCAGGAAAUAUGUUCAAGAUUUUUCUGAUAAAACAAAUGAGACGUCAAGCUGUAGAUUUAGGUACAUGUGUACUGAAAGUGAUUUGCUCUUAUUUGAUGUAAACACAGACACAAAUAACUGAUGAUGCAGCUAUUUUGUUGUGUUAUUUUUGUUUUAGUUUUGCUGUGAUAUCAGUGCAUGUGAAUUAAUGACAUUAUUCAGAUCUGAUGUUGGUGCAGUAGUUAUAGGGCAAUUCUCACUAUCUAUUUACUAUUACUAUUAAUAUCUUGUAAAUUUCAAUUAUUAAUGUAAUUACUGUAGAACUUUUUUCCACAUGGUAUUAAUUUAUGCUAUGUACACGAUCACACGUUUUCUGCAGAAAUUUAUUCCAGCAUACUUAAAGUGCAUUUAAGACAUAUAGAGGCAAUCUAAGAAAUCCGCAUAAUUUUCUACCUGUGGAUGGAACAGAAAUUGCAAUUCUGUGGAAGUUUGACUCGUGGAAAAAAGUAUGUUUACAGUAUAUCAAAUCCCUAAAAAUCAUUUAAAUUGUUUAAAUUAAUUGUAAACUUUUUAUUCCAUUAAUUUCUUUUUUAUGUGGAGUUGUAAAUGAUUUUUUUGUUGGUCAUGGAAUGACUAUAAACUUUGUACAUGAAUAAUCAUGCCUUUAGUUAUUGGGAUAUGAAAAUGACAGGAGAUUUCUCAAAAAACACAUUCUGUAUAUCUUGGUUUUACUGUAAUGGCACAGUGACUGUAGAGCUUACAAUGUAGCAUACAGUAUUGGGAUAACAGAUUAGAGUUGAUGUUAGCAGGAUUCAUGCUGUCUCCUGUACAGACUUCAGUGCACUAACCUAGGACCACUGCCAAAAUAUAAUUUUAAGUAAAUAUGAUAUAAAUAAACACUUCCUAUAUUAAUUCAUGAUAGUGGCAGAUGUAUAUACAACUGCACUAAAUGCAUGUGAAUUCAGUAUGUUAUGAAUUUCAGUGUCAGGUGCCUGUAGACCUAUUUCAUGAUCAGGUGUCAAUCAGAUCACUUGAUUUUCAUAAAAUUUUAAAUUUUUAACCUUCACUCUGAUUUUAAAGAUAAUACUAGUAUUACAUGUUUGAAAUUAUUUCUGGUAGUUAUAGUAACACAGUAAUUCAAAGAAUAUAAAACAUAUAAAAAAUUGGAAUUCUGUAGGUAACUAAAUUGUGUGCUUUGAAACAAUAUUGAAAAGAACUAUUUUUAGCUCACCUGAGCCAAAGGCUCAAGUGAGCUUUUCUGAUCACAUUUUGUCCGUCGUCCGUCCGUCCGUCUGUCUGUCCGUCUGUCUGUCUGUAAACUUUUCACAUUUUUGACUUCUUCUCAAGAACCACUGGGCCAAUUUUGACCAAACUUGGUACAAAGCAUCCUUGGGUGAAGGGGAAUUUAAAUUGUUAAAAUGAAGGGCCAAGUCCCCUCACAAGGGGAGAUAAUCAAGAGAAGACAAAAAUAGGGUGGGGUCAUUAAAAAAUCUUCUUCUCAAGAACCACAGGGCCAGUAAAGCUGAAACUUAUAUGGAAGCAUCCUGGGGUAGUGUAGAUGCUAAAUUGUUCAAAUCAUGACCCCCGGGGGUAGGGCGGGGCCACAAUGUGGAAUCAAUGUUUUACAUAGAAAUAUAUAGGAAAAAUCUUUAAAAAUCUUCUUCUCAAGAACCACAAGGCCAGAAAAGCUGAAAUUAAUGUGGAAGCAUCCUGGGGUAGUGUAGAUUCUAAAUUUUUAAAAUCAUGACCCCCGGGGGUAGGGCGGGGCCACAAUAGGGAAUCCAAGUUUUACAUUGAAAUAUAUAGAAAAAAUCUUUAAAAAUCUUCUCAAGAACCAUUGGGCCAGAAAAGCUGAAACUAAUGUGGAAGCAUCUUGGGGUAGUGUAGAUUCUAAAUUGUUAAAAUCAUGACCCCAGGGGGUAGGGCGGGGCCACAAUGGGGAAUCCAAGUUUUACAUUGAAAUAUAUAGAAAAAAUCUUUAAAAAUCUUCUUCUCAAGAACUACUGGGCCAGAAAAGCUGAAACUAAUGUGGAAGCAUCCUGGGGUAGUGUAGAUUCUAAAUUGUUAAAAUCAUGACCCCCCGGGGGUAGGGCGGGGCCACAAUAGGGAAUCCAAGUUUUACAUUGAAAUAUAUAGAAACAAUCUUUAAAAAUCUUCUUCUCAAGAACCACAGGGCCAGAAAAGCUGAAUGUAGAAGUAUCCUGGGGUAGUGUAGAUUCUAAAUUGUUAAAAUCAUGACCCCUGGGAUAGGAUGGGACCACAAUAGGUGUAUUACAUGGGGGAAAGUCUGGUGAAGAACAGCAGGGCCAAAGUUACUCAGGUGAGCGUUGUGGCCCAUGGGCCUCUUGUUUUGCUUCAUUUCCAAGGUCCAAACCUUUACUUUAUCUACUUUAUGCACAUGCUUGCUUUAUUUUAAUGCAUAUGGUAUAUCUUUAUACUCAAUGAUACUACAGAAAAUGACAUCAUGUAGAAAGUGAUUAGUAUACACAUUGAUCAACAUAAUGCUUAAAAUAAACAGUUUGUUAAUGGAUGUGGAACAUUUAAUGACUGGUGCAGUAUUUUUUAUUAAAUGGUUUUGUUCAGGAAGCCUACAUGUUAGAUUUAAUGUUUUAUGGCCGAGAACAAAACAUUCUAGUCACAUUUGAAGGGCAUCCAUACAGCGUCUGGGAUUACACAAUGAAAUUCAUGUAGACGAUUUAAAAAUGUACUUGAAGUGGAGGAAAUAGCUUCAAACCUUCUCUUUAUUGUUUGUGACUGUUAUAUAACACCUGAUCAUCUUGUUUUAUAAUUAUUAUAAAGGUAAAAUAUAAAGUGGAAAUGAAAA